AUGGCCAACAACCAGAAGCAGCCCGCAAGGGCCACCAAGAAGGGCCCAUCGGGCCUGAAGCUCAUCUACCUAAUCCUCUACAACCUCUUCUCCGCCGUCGCGUGGGGAACAGUUCUCUGGCGCACCGUCGCUAUCAAUGUCCAGAGCGGCCCGUACGCCGUUUUCCCCGGCAUCGGCGAGUGGACGCGCUGGACGCAAACCGUCGCCGGCCUCGAAAUCCUACACUCCCUCCUCGGAGUCGUCCGCGCCCCUAUCUUCACCACCCUCAUGCAGGUUGCCUCCCGAUACCUCCUCGUCUGGGGUAUCGUCUAUCCCUUCCCACAAGUUGCCGCCAGCCCCGUCUACUCGACCAUGCUUCUCGCCUGGAGCAUCACCGAGGUCAUCCGCUACUCGUACUUUGCGCUAUCUCUCGCUGGCUCCGUCCCCAACGCCCUUGUCUGGUUGCGAUACAACACCUUCUACGUGCUCUACCCUCUAGGCAUCUCGAGCGAGGCGUGGCUCGUAUAUAAGGCCAUCGGGCCGGCGGCUGGUCUUAACGAGCUAUUCCCCAUUGCGCUCUAUGCUAUCCUAGCAAUCUAUGUCCCUGGCUCGUACAUUCUCUACAGCCACAUGAUGAAGCAGCGGACCAAGGUUAUGAAGACUCUCAAGGAAAACGAUUCUAGAAAGACUCAGUAG